CGAAGGGAAGAGUAAAAAGACUUUUGGAGGGUAUUUUUGGACAAAGAAAGCUCUCAGUUUUCUUGUUCAGCGAGUCACCUGCUCCUGAAAAUCAAAUAAGAGCUUUGCAGUUGGAGGCAAGCUUUCUUCGAAACCAAAUCAUUUCUGCACGUAAAGAAAACAAAGAAUGAGUAGAGGAAGUGGAGGUGGAUACGAUCGUCACAUCACCAUCUUCUCCCCUGAAGGUCGACUCUUUCAAGUCGAAUAUGCGUUUAAGGCAGUGAAGGCGGCAGCCAUCACUUCGAUCGGAGUUCGAGGGAAGGACUCUGUCUGUGUUGUCACGCAGAAGAAGGUUCCGGACAAGCUUUUGGAUCAGACUAGUGUCACCCACCUUUUUCCUAUUACCAAGUACCUCGGAUUGCUGGCUACCGGCAUGACAGCUGAUGCAAGGACUUUAGUUCAACAAGCGCGGAAUGAGGCAGCUGAGUUUCGGUUCAGAUAUGGAUAUGAAAUGCCUGUGGAUGUAUUGGCCAAGUGGAUUGCCGACAAAUCACAGGUUUACACACAGCAUGCUUACAUGAGACCCCUUGGAGUAAUUGCCCUGGUUUUGGGUAUUGAUGAGGAGAAUGGACCUCAACUCUACAAGUGUGAUCCAGCUGGCCACUUUUAUGGUCACAAGGCUACCAGUGCUGGAUUGAAAGAACAAGAGGCUAUCAAUUUUUUGGAAAAGAAAAUGAAAAAUGACCCCGCUUUUUCCUAUGAAGAAACUGUGCAGACUGCUAUUUCUGCUCUGCAAUCUGUUCUUCAAGAGGACUUCAAGGCUACUGAGAUUGAGGUUGGAGUUGUGAGAGCAGACAAUCGAGUUUUUAGAGUGUUGUCAACUGAGGAGAUUGAUGAACAUUUGACUGCUAUUAGUGAACGUGACUGAUUUUAUGGAGUAUCACAGCUACUUGCACAAUGGAGACAAUUCUGCUGGCAUUGGGGGUCAUCAGGAUAUGCUUAGUUUAGAUUAUUUGAAAAGGAGAUAAGAGAGGGAAGGAUUACUGCUAUUAUUUUGAAUUUUAUACCCCUCUCGCUGCUUAAGUUUUGUUAAAUUAUCAAAUGGUGCUGCAUUUCUUUCUUCUGCCUUUUGUCAAGAAUAUCAUGUGCUAAAUGGUUCCAGUUACGGAAAACCCUUUAUUGCCAGCAUAGCAUUUGCAAACUUUUAAGUGUUAGUGCCAAUUUUAUUAUCUUC